AUGGAUGCUAGUGGCAUUGGAAUGGCAGAACGAAAGAGCAGCAACGGAGGAAGAGAAGUUGUUAUCAAUGUCUCAGGUGAGGAAGCAUCAAAGGCUUCUUCAAAGAUGGCUUCACCAGAGUCCGAGAGAGCAAUGCCCAUCAACAGAAGCUCUUCUCCUGAAAUCUCUAAGCUUGUUGGCAGCCCUAACAAGCCUCCUAGAUCUCCAAAUCCGAGCAAUGAAGGUUUAACUCAGAGGAAAUCUUUUGCGAGGUCGGUUUACUCGAAACCCAAGUCCCGGUUUGUGGAACCAUCUUGUCCUGUAGACGCACGUGUUCUAGAGGAGGAAGUCAAGGAACAGCUUGGUACUGCUUUCUCUUUCAGUAGAGGUUCCCCUAACAACAAGUCGACGAGGAGUGUCGGGUCAACCACACCGCUAACUCCAAGUAAAGCUGUUGAGGCGGAGAAAGAUGAAGAUGAAGAGAUCUACAAGAAGGUGAAGCUGAGCAAAGAGAUGCGCAGAAAGAUAAGUCCAUUGACAUUGAUAGAGAUAGCUUUCUUUGUGUUGGUUUUGAGCGCCUUGGUUGCUAGUUUAACCAUCGAUGUCGUGAAACAUCAUAACUUCUGGGGGCUAGAAGUGUGGAAAUGGUGUGUGCUUGUGAUGGUUAUAUUCAGCGGGAUGUUGGUGACGAACUGGUUCAUGCGUGUGGUUGUGUUCCUCAUAGAGACAAACUUUCUUCUGAGGAGGAAAGUGCUCUACUUUGUGCACGGCUUGAAGAAGAGCGUCCAAGUCUUCAUUUGGCUCAGCUUGAUUCUUGUUGCUUGGGUGUUUCUGUUCAACCACGACGUGCAUCGGUCCCCUGCAGCCACAAAGAUCCUCAAUGCCUUAACCAGGACUCUUAUUUCCCUCCUCACGGGAUCUUUCCUUUGGCUGGUGAAAACACUCUUGCUGAAAAUUCUUGCAGCGAACUUCAACGUGGUGAACUUCUUCGACCGGAUUCAAGAUUCUGUGUUCCACCAGUACGUUCUGCAAACGCUCUCUGGUCCUCCGCUUAUCGAGGAGGCAGAGAGGGUGGGGCGUGAGCCAGGCACAGGGCAUUUGAGUUUCGCGACCGUGGUGAAGAAAGGAACGGUUAAGGAGAAGAAAGUGAUUGAUAUGGGGAAAGUUCAUAAGAUGAAGCGAGAGAAAGUUUCCGCGUGGACAAUGCGGGUUUUGGUGGAAGCUGUUAGAACUUCAGGUCUCUCUACAAUCUCUGACACAUUGGAUGAAACAGCAUACGGCGAAGGGAAGGCGCAAGCUGAUAGAGGAGAGAUUACUAGUGAGAUGGAGGCUUUGGCUGCUGCUUACCAUGUCUUUAGAAAUGUUGCUCAGCCUUGCUUCAGCUACAUAGAGGAAGAAGACUUGCUUAGGUUCAUGAUUAAGGAAGAGGUCGAUCUUGUAUUCCCUUUGUUUGACGGUGCCGCCGAGACAGGGAGGAUCACCAGAAAAGCUUUCACAGAAUGGGUGGUUAAGGUGUACACUAGCCGGAAAGCGCUAGCGCAUUCCUUAAACGACACGAAAACGGCGGUUAAGCAGCUAAACAAACUCGUGACAGCGAUCUUGAUCGUGAUCACUGUCGUCAUCUGGCUGCUGCUUCUUGAAGUAGCAACCACUAAGGUUUUGCUGUUCUUCUCCACUCAACUCGUUGCUCUGGCUUUUAUAAUCGGAAGCACUUGCAAAAAUCUCUUUGAGUCCAUUGUCUUUGUCUUCGUUAUGCAUCCCUAUGAUGUUGGUGAUCGCUGCGUUGUCGACGGUGUCCCGAUGCUGGUUGAAGAAAUGAACUUGUUGUCGACGGUGUUCUUGAAGCUCGACAACGAGAAAGUGUAUUAUCCAAACGCGGUUUUGGCCACGAAACCGAUUAGCAACUACUUCAGAAGUCCGGAUAUGGGAGAAACAGUGGAGUUCUCCAUCGCGUUUUCGACACCAGUCUCGAAGAUCGCACAUCUCAAAGAAAGAAUCGCCGAGUACUUGGAGCAGAAUCCGCAGCAUUGGUCAGCGAUACACACGGUGGUGGUGAAGGAGAUAGAGAACAUGAACAAGCUGAAGAUGGCUCUAUACAGCAACCACACCAUCACGUUUCAGGAAUACAGAGAGAGGAACAUCAGAAGAACCGAGCUUUCUAUGGCGAUUAAGAAAAUGUUGGAGGAUCUUCACAUCGAUUACUCUCUCCUUCCUCAACAAGUGCUUCUCACCAAAACCGACAAAAAUUGA